AUGGCUCGCGACAGGCUCGUCACGUCUCCACCAGACGACUCGCAGCGGAUCUUCGACCUAUGGUACCUCCGCCUGUCCUCGCUCGCUCGCAUGCGCCUGUUUAACCACGCUGCCGCUGAAUGCUCGUCACUCCUCGGCGCGCUACCCCCGGCCAGCGUGCUCCCUCCAAACGCGCUCCCGUUCGAGCUGCGCGUCCUUGCGGCGCGCAUACUCGGCCGCGGGCUCGAGGAUGCGCCUUCGGCUUCGGCUUCACCCGCUCCUGGAGAUCCGCAGAGCGUACCCGGAGGGCUGAAAGAUAAUGCGGCCGGUACUUCCGAAGGGGGUGGCGGGCCCUGGGGGCAGGUGGACGCGCUGUGUGCGCUGUUGAAGAUGUGCCAGCGGCGCGCUGCGCCUCCGCGUCUCCGUAAGGCGAAUGCGAGUGCGAGUGAGGCGGAGGACGUAGAGGCGCUGCAGGUGGCGGAACGGGAGCGCGAUAUGUGGCGGGAGCGCGGGGCGCGGGUGUGUAUGAUUCUCGCGAGUGUGCUGGUGGAUAUGAAGGAAUAUACAACAGCCACUCGCAUGCUAGCCUCGCUCCUCCCGGGCCAGCCUCCGUCGAACUCAUCUCAGAGCUCGACUUCGCCCACCGCGACUGCGGCAUUACAUAGUGCGAUAGCGCGUGUACAUCUCGCGUCUGGCAACGUUGUUGCCGCCGAGAAACAUUUCGCGCUCGCGUACCCUUCUUCCUCAGUGGAGGCCGAGCCCGAGAUAGCAGCCACAGGAGCUCAAAACGAAGAGCCGAAAGAAGAGAGCCCCGAAGGCAAAGAUGACGGAGACAACACAGCCCUCAAAGUCGAGCACCCGCGCUCCGCGUCUGCGUCCCCGAACCCGUUCGUGAACCCCGACUUGGCACCGUCCAGGCCUGAGUCGGCGAGACCCACUCCUCCGCCUAAAUCGCCUCAGCCUUCGGUGGCAAGUGCAGGAGACGAAGCCGCGCCGGACCAUCCGACGCCGGAUGUUAAUGCAGCUAUAUAUGCGAGCGCGAUGGGCGACUGGGUCAAGGCGGAGGGGCUGUGGAGGAGGAUGCCGAAGACGGAUGUGUUGGCUACGAACAAUCUGGCGGUAGCGUUGCUCGCUCAAGGUCGGAUCACAGAGGCAAUCCAGACGCUCGAGUCCGCUCUUCGAUCAGCGCCAUCGAGUGCUGUCGUCGCCGAACCGUUCUUGUUCAACCUCGCUACGUUGUACGAGCUGCAUGCUCACACGGCGCUCGACAAGAAACGUGCGCUACUCGUCGAGACGGCCAAGUGGGCGGGAGACGGGCUCAAGGCGGGAUGCCUAAAGCUUUCGAAUGCGUAG